UCUUGCGAAGAUAUCAAGUUCGUACACUACCUGCAAACCUGACAUCUUCUCCCUCCCAUCUUUAGAAGAGUCUUGUAUGAAACAAUUGCUAGCCGGUCGAGGGAUGUGCCAUAACGGAGACUAUGCGGCAGUCCAGGAAUGACGGUUCCCUAAGUAAUGUUAGUCGCGAUGCUCAGAAGACAGGGAACGGAGUUACUUACUCUCACAGCGGGCUCGCGACGGACAUUCAUCAACUCCACAAAGGAAUCUCCGUGCCAGAGCACUCAAAGGGCCAGCAGGGGGCCUCAGGCGGCAUGCGCGAGGGCAGCAGCAGUUGGCGGCGCCAGACCAAGGGCAGGACUGAGCGCCUCUUCUCAUGUCGGUUGCUCCUGAUGUUCUCACUGCGUUGUUCUCAUUGCUUUCGUUGGGGGCUAGGGCCGUACUUGUGUAUGACGAACAUCUGGUCCGGGCUCCCCACUGUCCUGCGUUCGUUGACCCAGGGUUGCGUCAAGGCUGAGGCUGCCGGAACUGUCACCGGUGUGUCAAAUGAGUGGAUCGUCGAUAGUUUAUGCAUCCGAGCCCUGCCAGCCUAGGGGGCCCAUAGUCGUGGACUGGACUCUCCCAGCAGCU